AUGGCAGUGUUCCAUACUGGAAUCCUUGCCCUUGGCACAACCCCUGAUACCCUCCCUGGAAAUGAGACAGCUCGUCUUGCAUUGUUGGCCUUCAAGUCAAUUUUGAAUGACCCUCAAGGAACACUCAGCUCCUGGAAUGAUUCUUUCGAUUUCUGCCAAUGGGACGGUAUUACCUGUGGCCGAAAGCACAGAAGAGUAACCAUCUUGGAUUUAGGGUCUAGAGGCUUGGUCGGUCCAUUGUCUCCUUCUGUCAGAAACCUGAGUUCUCUUCAGGUUCUAAGUCUCUAUAAUAACAGCUUUCAAGGUGGCAUAUCACCAGAAAUUAGUCAUCUAUUCAGGCUGCAAACACUAAACCUGGGCAUGAAUAACUUCGUUGAAAAAGCUCACCAGUCUAAGGAUUCAUGUAAUCAACUUCAUGGAGGUCUUCUGUCGGACUUGGGGUUGAUGCUUCCUCAUAUUCAAUUUCUUCAAUUAGAUGAUAACCAAUUUACUGGACCCCUUCCACCCUCCUUAUCCAAUGCUACAGAAAUGGAAAGGAUUUCCAUUUCAAAUAACAGUUUCAGUGGACAAAUAUCAAUUGAUUUUGGACGUCUACUGCGUCUCUGGGGUGUAAUGCUAACGUAUAAUAAACUUGGAAGUGGGGGGCCUGAUGAAAUGAACUUCAUUAGUUCUCUGGCAAACUGCAGCAAUUUGCUGGUUGUAGGUCUCCUAGGUAACCAACUCCGAGGAGCAUUACCAAGUGUAUUACCAAGUUAUGUAAGCAAUUUCUCCACAAAUCUUUACUAUUUUACACUUCAUCAAAAUCGUCUAUAUGGAAACAUUCCUUCAUGGAUUGGAGAUCUUGUCAACUAA